AUGUCCAAGCAGUUGGAGACGUUCAAAUCGAACCUGGAGGAGUUUGCCAGCAAGCACAAACAAGAAAUUCGAAAGAACCCACAAUUCAGGGUUCAGUUUCAGGAAAUGUGUGCCACCAUCGGAGUUGACCCACUUGCCUCUGGAAAAGGGUUUUGGUCUGAGAUGCUUGGAGUCGGUGACUUCUACUAUGAGCUCGGUGUGCAGAUCAUUGAAGUGUGCCUGGCCCUGAAACACAGAAACGGAGGGCUCAUUACGUUGGAUGAACUCCAUCAGAGAGUUCUGAAAGGAAGAGGUAAAUACGCUCAGGAUGUGAGCCAAGACGACUUGAUGAGAGCCAUAAAGAAGCUGAAGGUGAUGGGGAGUGAUUUUGGGAUGAUUCCUGUCGGUGGUUCUUACUUGGUGCAGUCAGUCCCAGCAGAGCUUAACAUGGACCAUACUGUGGUCCUACAGCUGGCUGAGAAAAAGGGAUACGUCACAGUCAGUGAGAUCAAGGAGAGCUUGAAAUGGGAGAAGGAACGUGCUUGUCACGUCCUGGACCACCUGCUGAAAGAAGGCUUGGCCUGGUUGGACGCUCAAGCAGCUGGAGAGGCACAGUACUGGCUCCCAGCUCUCUUCUCCGAGCUCCUGUCCUGUGAUGUCACACCGGAGGAGGCCAAUCAGAUGUCACCUUAAACAAAAGUAAACGAUGAGGUGGAGCGGGAACAGAAGCUGGUGACAGUUUCAGAGACAUGUUGGUGAAACGAGUCUGGAGGGAAGACUCGUGUGAUGGAGGUGGCUGGUUCAGUGGCAGGUUGAACUCCCUCUAAGAGGAUUUUCUGAGGAGAGUGUAACAAGUGCACUUCGGUUGUUAUAGAGUCACUGAAAGCAGCUCGAUUUGUGUUACACUGCAUAUGAAAUUCAGUGUAACUCCUCUUGUCUUGUAGUCAUGGUUGACGGGUGUGGUAACUCUCAUUGCAUAGAGCUUGUAAUUGUUUCAUUUUGCAUGUAUACACUCUACCUUUGAAAGAAAAGAAAACAUCAGCUGAAUUUAACUUUUGAUCCACGUUUUUAUUAUUAUUUCAGCAAGACCAUAUUAAAUAUGCCUACAGUUCAUCUAUU